AGUUUCGGUUCAGUCGCCGUUCCGUUUAGUAGAGGAAGAGAGAGGUACGUGUUGUGUUCAAUUUAUUCAACAUUUACAGCAAAAGCAACAAAAAAAGCAAUCUUCUAUCGUGUUGUUUUGUGUGUGUCAAUCUUAAUUAAAAAUAGUUUUUACUUACAUCUGGUGGCGAUGUUCAAACACGUUGACUGACUGUCUCCAGUCGGUGCCCAAAUUUCGACGAAAUUGUGAUAUAUCGGAGAAAAGGAGAAAAAAAAAUCAAAAGUCAUUUAUUCUUAUUUAUUUUUUUCGUCGGUAGUUUGUGUGUACUAACUCAAUCUCGUUAGAAUAUUGGCAAAGUGUGUACUGACAGAAUUGACAACUUAGCCGGUGUGUGAGAAUCGAACGACACCGAGUAGGAUGAUAAUAGCAGUGUGUGUGUGUAUGUGUGUGCAAUUUGUUGUUAUAAAUGUCUCUCACUCUCGUUCGAUUGAUGUGUUAUCGUGUCAGAAAAACAUCACUUUCAAUGACCCAGAAAUAGAAACUUAAUCGAUUUGUGCCGGCCGUCUGAAACUCUUUCCACGCAAAUAAAAUAUUUUGAAUCCCUCUCACGAUUUUAAAAAUGAUGAAAGUGCCUUAGUUUAUCAGAAAAUGUGACACUAUCACUUGAAACAUCUACUUUCUUAUUCAAUGUGCAGUCUUCAAUCCGAAUGACUUAAAAAUACUUCUGUGUUCGUUCGUUGAUGCUUCUGUUCGCUGCAUUCACUCGUCGAAUCAAACAAAAUGAAAAAUUUAUUCAAAAUAUUCAUACAUACUCACGGUCAUAAAUUAUUCAACGAUUCUGCUUGAUCGUAGUGUGCAUUUUCAAACGGAAAGUGUGUGGUUUUGUUGAUGUGUGUAUGGUUUUUUUUUAUGAAAAAAUAAUAAGUGACAGAAAUGGUUGUCAUUGCUUGAAAGUUAGCGACUGCUGAGGACAUUAUACGGGCCAAUUAUGUAAUUUGAAAUACAUGAUUAUUAACUUAGAACAACAAUCGACAUCUCAAUCAACUAAAAUGUUAGAGUUACACAACAUCGUGCCGAGAUAAUGCUCCUGGAACCAUUAAGCGUUCCUUGAGUGAAACCUGUUGAAAAGAAUUUGGACUAGUUAAAUUAAGCAAUACAAAUUGCUGAUACAUUGAACUCGAGUUACUCUAAUAUAGAGAACAAUAAGCCAAUCCAGAAGUGUUAGCGAACAAGAAGAGGCAUCAGCAGAUAAAAGAGGAUUUUAAUUUAGCACAACGAAAGAAAGUUCAAUAAGGACAAUACAAAAUGGUUGUGUACGGGCAACAAUAUGGUUUGAAGGCCUUGCGCCAAGCACAUCUUCAUCGAUUCUGGUCAAUUGGAACAAAACCCUAUUCAACAAAACAAGUUCAAUACAAACCGAUUCGCUCGGUGCUCGUAGCCAACAGAGGUGAAAUCGCUAUUCGAGUGUUCCGAGCAUGUAACGAAUUGGGUAUCAAAUCGGUGGCCAUUUACUCCGAACAGGAUAAAAUGCAUAUGCACCGACAAAAAGCAGAUGAGUCUUAUUUGGUGGGCAAAGGACUGGCACCGGUUGAGGCUUAUCUCAGUAUUCCAGAGGUGAUUCGUGUGUGCAAAGAGAAUGAUGUAGAUGCCGUGCAUCCUGGUUAUGGUUUCCUUUCCGAACGUAGUGACUUUGCUCAAGCAGUGAUCGAUGCAGGACUUCGAUUCAUCGGACCAUCCCCAUAUGUGGUGCAGCAAAUGGGAGACAAAGUGGCCGCUAGAAAGGCAGCUAUUGACGCCGGUGUUCCAAUUGUUCCAGGAACUGAUGCGCCCGUAACUAGUGCCGAUGAAGCGCUAGUUUUUUGCAAAAAACAUGGAUUACCAGUGAUUUUCAAAGCCGCCUAUGGUGGUGGUGGCCGUGGUAUGCGUGUUGUGCGCAAAAUGGAAGAAGUCGAAGAGAUGUUCAAUCGUGCCAGUUCAGAGGCUAAAUCGGCUUUCGGCAACGGUGCCAUGUUUAUUGAAAAGUUUAUCGAGCGUCCUCGUCACAUUGAAGUGCAAUUACUGGGAGAUAAAGCCGGAAAUGUGGUUCAUUUGUAUGAACGUGAUUGUUCCGUACAACGUCGUCACCAGAAAGUGGUUGAAAUUGCACCAGCACCACGAUUGCCAGUCGAUGUACGUGAUCGUAUGACUGAGUGUGCCGUUAAAUUGGCUCAACAUGUUGGAUAUGAAAAUGCUGGUACCGUUGAAUUCUUGUGCGACGACAAAGGCAAUUUCUACUUCAUUGAAGUGAACGCUCGUCUUCAAGUCGAGCACACAGUAACUGAAGAAAUUACCGGCAUCGAUUUGGUGCAAUCACAAAUUCGCAUUGCUGAAGGUAUUACACUCCCAGAAUUGGGAUACACACAAGAUAAAAUCAAAGUGGACGGAUAUGCAAUUCAAUGCCGUGUCACAACCGAAGACCCGGCCAACGAUUUCCAACCAAACACCGGUCGUCUUGAAGUGUUCCGUUCGGGUGAGGGUAUGGGUAUUCGUUUGGACAGUGCUGCUUCUUAUGCUGGUGCCAUCAUCAGUCCAUACUACGAUUCACUUUUGGUCAAAGUAAUUUCACAUGCACACGAUUUGCAAGCCUCCUCGGCCAAAAUGACUCGAGCACUUCGUGAGUUCCGUAUUCGCGGUGUCAAGACAAACAUUCCAUUUUUGCUUAACGUCUUGGAGAAUCAAAAAUUCUUGAGCGGCGUCCUCGACACUUACUUCAUCGAUGAACAUCCGCAGCUAUUCAAAUUCCAAGCAUCACAGAACAGAGCACAAAAAUUACUCAACUAUUUGGGAGAAGUUCUCGUCAAUGGACCCCAAACACCAUUAGCAACAACAUUGAAACCAUCCGAAGUUGUACCACAUGUCCCAGAGGUCCCAUUGGAUUUGUCGCCGGAGGCAAUUGAUAAAGAGAAAAGAGGCAUAAAAAAAGUGACCGAGCCACCGAAAGGAUUGCGUGAUAUUUUGGUUAAAGAUGGUCCUAAAGCUUUCGCAAAAGCUGUUCGUGAUCGCAAGGAGUUGUUGUUGAUGGACACAACAUUCCGUGAUGCUCAUCAAUCGUUGUUGGCUACUCGUGUUCGUACCCAUGAUCUCCUAAAAAUUUCACCAUUCGUUGCACACAAAUUCAACAAUUUGUAUUCAUUGGAAAACUGGGGUGGAGCUACGUUUGAUGUUUCGCUACGUUUUCUACAUGAGUGUCCAUGGGAACGAUUGGCUGAAAUGAGAAGUCGUAUUCCAAACAUUCCCUUCCAAAUGUUGUUGCGUGGUGCCAAUGCUGUCGGCUAUACAAAUUAUCCAGACAAUGUUGUGUAUAAAUUCUGUGAUCUAUCAGUACAAGCUGGUAUGGACAUUUUCCGUGUAUUUGAUUCAUUGAACUACUUGCCAAAUUUGAUUUUGGGCAUGGAAGCCGCCGACAAAGCAGGUGGUGUUGUUGAAGCUGCAAUCUCAUACACCGGAGAUGUUAGCAAUCCAAAUAAAACGAAGUACAACUUGAAAUACUACACUGACUUGGCCGAUGAGCUGGUCAAGGCUGGGACACAUGUGCUUUGUAUCAAAGAUAUGGCGGGUUUAUUAAAACCACGUGCCGCUAAAUUGUUGGUUGAAGCAAUCCGUGCUAAACACCCAAGUGUACCAAUCCAUAUACACACACACGACACAUCAGGUGCUGGUGUAGCAAGUAUGUUGGCCUGUGCUGAAGCAGGCGCUGAUGUUGUGGAUGUGGCCGUAGACAGUAUGAGUGGAAUGACCUCGCAGCCAAGUAUGGGAGCAAUUAUUGCUUCACUUCAAGGCUCACCACUCGAUACCAAAUACGAUUUGAACGACAUUUCGGAAUAUUCAGCAUACUGGGAACAAACUCGUACAUUGUACGGACCAUUCGAAUGUGCAACCACAAUGAAAUCUGGAAAUGCUGAUGUUUACAUGAACGAAAUCCCAGGCGGUCAAUACACCAAUCUUCAAUUCCAAGCUUACUCACUUGGUUUGGGCGAUUUCUUCGAAGAUGUAAAGAAAGCAUAUGCUGAAGCAAAUCAAUUGCUCGGCGAUAUCAUCAAAGUCACACCAUCAUCAAAAGUGGUUGGUGAUUUGGCUCAGUUCAUGGUUCAAAACAAAUUGAAAUCGAAGGAUGUUGUUGACAAAGCCGAAGAAUUGUCUUUCCCGAAAUCGGUGGUUGAAUUCUUGCAAGGUGCCAUUGGUAUUCCACAUGGUGGAUUCCCCGAACCACUUCGUUCACGCAUUCUUAAAGAUAUGCCACGUAUCGAAGGUCGUCCAGGUGCUUCAUUGUCACCACUUGACUUCAAAAAAUUGACCGAAGAAAUCAAAGAAACUUGGCCCAAGGCAACCGAACACGAUGUUAUGUCAGCUGCACUUUAUCCACAAGUCACCAAGGAUUAUUUAAACUUCCGCGACAAAUACGGACCAGUUGACAAGCUUAACACCCGCAUUUUCUUGACCGGACCUAAAGUUGGCGAAGAAUUCGAAGUGACAAUUGAAAAAGGAAAAACUCUUGGAAUCAAAGCACUCGCUUUGGCAGAUGAUCUUACAGCCAACGGUGAAAAAGAAGUCUUCUUUGAACUCAACGGUCAAUUACGAUCGGUAUUCAUCCAAGACAAAGAUGCAUCAAAAGAACUUCACAUUCAUCCAAAAGCCGUUAAAGGAAACAAGAAUGAAGUCGGUGCACCAAUGCCAGGAACAGUCAUCGAUGUCCGUGUCAAAGAAGGUGAUCAUGUGGAGAAAGGUCAACCACUUGUCGUUUUGUCAGCUAUGAAAAUGGAAAUGGUUGUUCAAGCGCCCAUUGCUGGUACUAUUAAGAAAUUGGAAAUUAGCAAUGGUAUGAAACUGGAAGGCGAUGAUUUGAUAGUGACAAUUGAAUAAAUGUUAUCAUCAAUUUGUCUUACAACCGAAAUAUGUUGAUUUGUGUAAAUAACCAUUUGUUUAGAGAAUGAAAGCAUUUUAUCGAUAUAAUUGUUUUCCCUAAAAAAACAUUUAUAUUAUCAUUAUAAGGAUUGAUAGCGCCUGGGCUGAACUCCUUCUCUAUUUACUUUUUAAUUCAAAAAUUGUUCUGUCAUACAUUCGAUAUGCAUCACCCAAUGCCAACACGAAAAUGUUAACAAUUUUAAUUUUGUUUCAAAAAGAUACCCUUCAUGUGUUGGAUGAACAAAGCUCGAAAUUUUGAAUAGGUUUUAAAUGAUUUUUUUUAUUUAUGUUAAAAAAAUUUUAUUAUGCGUUUAGAAUCGUAAGUUUUCCAAUAAAAAAAAAUACUUUUCAAUUAAA